CCAGCCCCGGGUUUCUCCUCCGAAAUCCACCAGAAGCUCGCAAUGGAAAUGCCAGGUUGGAUGAAGAGUCUGAACUUCUUCCAGGUGUUCUUUUAAAGCAUUUCUUAUUUCUCCACUUGCUUCUCCCAAUGGAGGAUCAGCUGAGAUUCAUUUUCUGCUAUUCAUGCUGAGCAGUUUCUUGGAGAGGUGGUGUGUGAGUGGAGAUACACCUGGUGAUGAUUCAAAUGUGGGAAUCACCCCAGAUGUGGUUGCUGCUGAUGCUCCCCUGGGAACAUGCCUUGAUAGGGAAUUAACACCAGUCAGUGAUGGGCUGUGGGACAAGCAAAGUGCUUCCCGAGCCCCCCAAAGAUGUGCAGCUAGACCUGGUUAAAAAAGUCGAACCUUACACAGGCCACAGUGACAUAUACAAGCAUUUCAUCAAAGAUGACUGCGGGGCUGUCAUCAAAGCUGGCUCUCCCUCCCCUCCCCAUCACUCCAACCCCUAUCCCGGGAAUCCCCUGCCCGCCCACCAGCCCGAGCCCCGCAAGAACAAAGUGGCCAAGUACCGCGCCAAGUUCGACCCGCGAGUGACGGCCAAGUACGACAUCAAAGCGCUGAUCGGGAGGGGCAGCUUCAGCCGCGUGGUGCGGGUGGAGCACAAGGCCACCAAGCAGCCCUACGCCAUCAAGAUGAUCGAGACCAAGUACCGGGAGGGCCGGGAGGUGUGCGAGUCGGAGCUGAGCGUCCUGCGGCGCGUGCGCCACACCAACAUCAUCCAGCUCAUCGAGGUGUUCGAGACGCAGGACCGCGUGUACAUGGUCAUGGAGCUGGCCACCGGCGGGGAGCUCUUCGACCGCAUCAUCGCCAAGGGCUCCUUCACCGAGAGGGACGCCACGCGCGUGCUGCAGAUGGUGCUGGAUGGGGUGAGGUACCUGCACACGCUGGGCAUCACCCACCGGGACUUGAAGCCGGAGAACCUGCUGUAUUACCACCCGGGAACAGACUCCAAGAUCAUGAUCACGGACUUCGGGCUGGCGAGCGCGCGGAAGAAAGGGGACGACUGCCUGAUGAAAACCACGUGUGGGACCCCGGAGUACAUUGCUCCCGAGAUCCUGGUCAGGAAGCCCUACACGAACUCUGUGGACAUGUGGGCGCUGGGGGUGAUCUCCUACAUUCUCCUCAGUGGCACGAUGCCCUUUGAGGACGACAACCGCACCCGCCUGUACCGGCAGAUCCUGAAGGGAAAGUACAGCUACUCAGGAGAGCCCUGGCCCAGUGUGUCCAACCUGGCCAAGGAUUUCAUCGACCGCCUGCUCACGGUGGACCCCAGUGACAGGAUGACGGCCCUUCAGGCCCUGAAGCACCCGUGGGUGGUCAGCAUGGCAGCCUCCUCCUCCAUGAAGAACCUGCACCGUUCCAUCUCACAGAACCUUCUCAAGAGGGCGUCCUCCCGCUGCCAGAGCACCAAGUCAGCUCAGUCCACCCGCUCCAGCCGCUCCACCAAAUCCAACAAGUCGCGGCGCGUGCGGGAGCGGGAGCUGCGGGAGCUCAACCUGCGCUACCAGCAGCAGUACACGGGCUGAGCUCCUGCCCUGCCACAGGUCUGCUCUGUGCUGCAGGUGUGCACACACUCAGUGAGGAACAGCCAGGUUCCUCCCUCCCUCCAGGUGAUCCCCCCAUCCAUCCUCACCCCGGGCGGAGGAAACGGAACCUUGUGGCCGUCACACCCUGCGAGCUGUGCCACAAAUGGGGGAGUCCCUGUGGGCUCAGAGCCUCAAGAAAUGCGCGAAUUAAGGAGCCACGUGGGGAGAAGAGCUCUUUCUGUAGCCCAGGAGCUUGGUUGUUCAUAGUUAUUUAUUAAUUCCAGAGCGUUUAGUUUCUCUCACUUGCGUAUGGAAAAAAGAAGAAAUCACUUGGUGUGUCUGUGCAUGCACGUCCGUGUGUGCACGUACACGUGUGGGGGUGUAUAUCUAUUUAAAAUUAUAUAUACACAGAUUUUUGAGCUGGUUUAGUCAGACUCCGUGGUGCCUUUGCAGCAAAGCUGGAAUGAGUCAUGUGCAGUUAGAAGUGGGAUAGCUCUGACUCACUGCUGUGCUGCCCACCAGCUCCUCGCCAAAGAGAUGCCAGACAGCAGUUUUCCACGAGGGCUGGGAAGCUGUGAGGUUUUCCCCAAGGGCUGCCAUCCUCCUGAUGACAUCAAGGAUCUACUUGCUUGAUGACAUCAAGGGUUUACCCCUGGAAUUGUCCUUUCCCUGUUUGCAGCAAGAACCAGUGCCUGUCAAGCAGGGUUUGUUGUUCUUGUGGCUCUGUUGUGUCUCUGAUGUGUUACACCUUGCACCUUUCAGAAGAAGAUUGAGAAGGUUGAGGUUUUUUGUGCUAAGG